AUGCACAGAAUCCUAUGCAGGGGGGGUAUCCAAUUCCCACCAACAAUUAUUACGAUCUCCGAAAAGGGAAAUUUUAUUUCUAACGUUGCGAGAAGCUAUAUAUCGAUGAAGGCAAUUUUCUCGGGCAUGCUUCCGUGCAGAAACUCCCUUACCUUUUUCUUUACAGACUUCCUAGAUGGAUAUAACGAACUAAGGAAUGUUUGUAACGAGAAACCCCAGUACAGACUCAAAAAUUUUCAAGAUCCCUAUCCUAUCCAGCAGGUAGCCCAAACGUAA